CAACCAACAUCGACUAUUUAAAAACCUCAAACUUAAGUUAUAAUGCUUUCGAAAAUUCCACCUUGAUAGCUUCUGGGUCUCGUUCGAUUAUUGAUGUUAUCGCAAAUGAUAUCGAAUCUACCACUACUCAAACACUGUUUAAAUAUGCCGAAUCCUCCAUUUUGAUUAAAUCCAAUGAUGUUAGUGCUUCUAAGUCGUCAGAGACCUCUGUUGAAGCUGUUGUCGUAGUUGAUUCUUCUUGUGAUAAAAAAAAGUCAAGUUAUCAACCAGACUGCAUUGAUUUAGAUGCUCAAGAUAACAAAAAAGCCGAUCUAUCAGAUUUUGAGAAUGAUGAUGAGACAGAGAACUCACA